UCUCAUCCCUGCCCUUCAAAAACCCAUCAAGCCAUUCUCGACGCUUCUCAUUACAACCACUACCGCCACCACCAUGGAACCAUCCCUGGAAGAUCUCACUGAUGACCUUGACGACCUUAGUAUCACCUCCUCCGCCACAACCACCACUACUACUGCUAAUGAAACAAAGCAUAGUACAAGUUCUGCGUCUGAAACCACUUGGACUGUAUCCAACCACUCGUCAACUUCCUCCAAGCCCCACCACGCACCUCCAUGCGAUUCAUGUUGGCAAGCAAUCCUACGUUCCAACUGUGAUAACUCAACCCUAACCCUAGCUGAUCUCCGGUUCGUUCACCGGCUAGGAAGCGGUGACAUAGGGACUGUGUACCUUGUGGAGCUUAAGGGAGGCAAUGGGUGCCUUUUCGCUGCUAAGGUGAUGGACAGGAAGGAAAUAGCAAGCAGGAACAAAGAAACUAGGGCCAGAAUAGAGAGAGAAAUAUUGGAAGUGUUGGAUCAUCCUUUUUUACCUACCUUAUAUGCCACUUUAGACUCUCCUAGAUGGUCUUGUUUGCUGACGGAGUUUUGCCCCGGCGGUGACCUUCAUGUUCUCCGGCAACGGCAACCUGACAAACGUUUCGAUGAAGCUGCCGUCCGGUUUUAUGCAUCUGAAGUUGUGGCCGCAUUGGAAUAUCUUCACAUGAUGGGAAUUAUAUAUCGCGAUCUAAAACCAGAAAAUGUUCUCAUUAGAUCGGACGGUCACAUUAUGCUUACGGAUUUUGAUCUCUCCUUAAAAGAUGAUACUUCAACUUCAACGGCUCAAAUUGUUUCUGAUCAAAACCCGGCGACUGCAGAUUCAAUAAAUGAGUACCCUCCUGAUCCACCUCAAUCCGACAUGUCAUCAUGCAUUCUACCCAAUUGCAUCGUGCCAGCUGUCUCAUGCUUUCAUCCGAAACGUAAACGCAGAAAGAAAUCCAAUCAACGUGGAUCCCUAGAGAUUGUGGCAGAGCCAAUAGACGUUCGGUCAAUGUCAUUCGUUGGGACCCAUGAGUACUUGGCGCCGGAAAUCAUCUCCGGCGAAGGGCAUGGCAAUGCGGUGGAUUGGUGGACCUUGGGCAUAUUCAUAUUUGAAAUGUUGUAUGGUGUGACUCCGUUUAAAGGGGUUGAUCACGAGUUAACCCUAGCCAACAUAGUGGCUCGAGCCUUAGAAUUUCCUAAGGAGCCCAUCGUGCCGGCGACGGCUAAGGAUCUGAUCACACAACUUCUGGUGAAGGACCCUGUAAGACGGUUGGGUUCUACAAUGGGAGCAGCUGCAAUUAAGCAUCACCAAUUUUUUAAUGGAAUUAAUUGGGCAUUAUUAAGAUGCAGAACACCACCUUAUGUUCCUCGAGCAGUAACUCGUCGAAGCAUUAUCACAGAAAAUGCUAGUAAUAAUUCGAUAGAAUAUUACUAGUGAAAAACAAAAUUCUUUGUAUUAUUUUUUUUUAUUUUUUAAUUUUCUUGAGAAAAAAUGUAGGAAAAAAAAAUCAAUGACAUUGUUUAGAUCUCACACAAAAACAAUUCUUUCUCAAAAUAUUUAAAUGAA